UGGAAGAAAGUUGACUUGUCGUUUCCACCUCCGUAAUUUGUUCUCCUGACGUGAUGCGCAUGUGCCAGUGGGAUAAUUACCCCUCAGCACGGGUAUAUAUACUGGCGAGAACAGCGUGUGGCAUUCAGGCAAGGAGAUCAUCGGUGGACAGGACCUCUCCCUACAGACCACACCAGCAGCAGACGACAGGCAAGACAUGCUAGUCAACACCGUGGCCGCUCUCACCGUGUGCGUGGUCGUGUUCUGGGGCACGGACCACGUGGGGGCCUUACCAAGACCAGCUGAUGACGGCGACAACCCGCUGGCCAUGACGAACAGCGACAUGCGGCGGAUCGUGUCGGCACUGAUCCGGGAGGUGGACCAACUGGCUGCUGAGAAGCUGGCCGCACAGAGGGUGUUCGGACCGGGUAUCAGAAAGAGAGACUGCUCAACACUGACCUGCUUCAACCAAAAGCUGGCCCACGAGCUCGCCAUGGACAACCAGAGGACCGACACCGCGAACCCCUACAGCCCCGGCCGCAAGAGGAGGUCUGCUGAGGAGGACGAUCACUGAACACGGAACCAAACGUUAACGACGAACCUAUGUGCCAUGGAACUCAGACUUAAGCUGUAAACAAUUCUUAAACAAGCAGUACGUUUGUCAAUUCAGUUCUGAAACAAACAAAAAAAGUGAUUGAAAAGGGAAACUAGUCAGGCAACGAAAGAAAAUAAACCUUUUCAUUUGAGAUUCCUACAUUUCAGUUGGGUAAGUUGGUUGAUCUGAUAGGACUGUUUUGACAAAUGUAAAAUAAACCUUGAAUCGCAAGAAGACGUUCUAGUGGUUAUUGCAACGUAGAUGCUACUGUGUUCUGUUUAGGUUUUAGCUACAUCGUCCACUGCCGGAAAGUGUGACAUCGGUAUGAAUUGUAUCAGUUUUAUUGAUUAUCAUUUACUUUGCCAGAUACCUGAUAUAAAAGCCCACAUUAACAAUGAUAAGGCAGUUAUAUUCUCAUUUGUGUAGAAUCAUCUUCAAAAUUUGUUUUUUGGGCCCUCGCAUUAGAUUAAGUUUAUCCAUAUCAUCGAAAAGUUAACUUGAUGUGGCCCAAUUAGAAGUUACACCAGGGACACCUAGCGAGAAAUACUGGUACGACAUAGAAAUAACAAUGACGUCCGGAACGUUUGCCACAUCAACAUAUGCUGCAGUUGGUUACCUCAUGACAUUUUGAAUAGUUAAGUAGAUGAUUCGUUACAGACCUUUAUAAACCUUCCUUGCAAGCAAAAUAUGGGCUUCACAUGUCAACAUUGCCUUUGAAAUAAAUCAGAAAUAUGAUUGUAGUGG